UACUUUUUACCCGUAUAUCUCAAUGGAUUCAAAGAAGGUUUCGAUUUCUAAAAAAGAAUACGAUUUUUUUAUUAAUGAAGCAAGGCCGACACCAACGGAGUUUUUCAAAAAGUUCAAUUGCACGUCGAAGAAAACGGCCGUGUCAAUUUGGUACUCCGCUCUCAGGGAGGUCCUCAAAAUUCGUGAUGAUCUCAAGCUUGUUAAUAUCGAGCAAAACUACAAAGAUGGUAAAUACAAACAAGCUAUUGAUGAUUAUUUUAAAACAAGCGUUCUUGAGAAGGAAAAGACGUAUGUUGAUAAGACAUUAACAAAAAAAACAAGUAAAGCAAUCCGAAGUCGCAUAGAUGAUCUCCUUCCGGAGGAAACUGGCUCGAAGAAACCUCGCCUCAUGGAGUCGCAACAGAAUGAUGAUAGUUCGAUAUUAAUGUCAGCGGACCCGAAAAUAAAACAAGAGUUUCCCGGUUCGUGUUCAUCAACAUCUGGUCCGUCUUCCAAACCUCAUCUUGAAGAAGAUAUCGAGUCCAAAUAUUACGAUGCCGGAAAACGUCAUAAAAUUCUAUAUUCAUGGAAAGAUGCCAUUGGUAAUAUUGAUAUUAGAGACGCUUCGAAAAAGGAUUGGAUUUUCGAAAACCACAAUCUCUCCAACGAUUUUCGAAAUUUUCAACAAAAAACAAUUAAACAAGUCAAGGAAAAUUCGUAUUUAUGUUUUAAAAAAGAUUUUCAUAAAAUUCUAUGCUUAUCAAAUAUAAUGCUGGUUGAACAAAAAAAACCAUCGUAUUUGACUUGUGAUCAAGCGAUUUGGAGCACAAUUUGUCGAAGACAAACAUCUCCGGUUCUGUCAUUAGUAAUUACGACUGUAAUUUCAGAAUAUUCUUCGUUGUUAAAUUGUUUCGCAUCACUAGACGAAAUUGAAGAUAGGUGGUGUGCAAAUUUCGCAAAAGUUACAGAGUUAAAUAACGAAGAUAGGGCGAACUUUUGCAAAUGUCAGAUUAUCUUACGAAACUUUUUUCUACUAGAUUCUAUUAAUAAAAACAAUGAAGACACUUUUGUCCACAGCACUUUACAUGACUUAAUCAAUGAGAUGUUUCGCGACCCAUUAUUGGAAUUAGUAUGGGCGAAUAGCGAGAGUACUGCAUCGAAAAGGCAACGUUCCAACGACAAGGAAAACACAGUCAAAGGUAACAAACCCGACUUUAAGAUUCUGAAUAAUGACAGAGAUGAAAUUCUCUUUGGGGAGGUAAAACCAAAGGACUCAUCAUCUAUAUUGGUGAAAAAAGAUUUCAUCAAACUCGGUGACUUCCAAGUGGCUACUUUGAACGAAAUAAUCAAGAAACACGGAAACAAGAAUGGCUUGAUUUCCUUCGGCAUAUGGGUUACUGGUGCGCGCAUUCGUUUUUACGAAAUGGAUUUGAGCUAUGACGGUAUAUAUAGGAUGGUAUUAGUUUCUAAUGUAGUUAUCCCGACGGAACGGGCGCAGUUCUUAAACUUGAUGACAGUUUUAGAAGCGUUUUUUAAUAUCAAACGACGUAUUUCUGAGGUUAUAACGGUAAUAGCUUCUAACACCCCGCCUAAUUCCCCAUCACGUUCUACCUAUGGCAGGGUACCUACCUCUUCGCCAAAACCUGUAAAGGUUACAAUUUCUGGUUUACAACCAAAUUAAUUCUGCCUUGAUUCCCUUAGUACAUUUAUACAAAAAACCUGUUCAUUCCAAAUACUGUAACUGGAUCAAAAAUUGUAAACCAGUAAAAUCAUUUUUUUUUAGUAAAAACCUUUUCCUCUUUAUUUUAAUUCUUAUAACAUUUAUUCUUUACUAUGUUAAAGCUGGUUCUUUUAUUUCUUUUAUUUUACUAUGAAAGAAAAAAAAAUAGAGAAAGAGAAAAAUCAGAUACUAAUUAGACCGGUUAUCAAACACAAAAAAAAUGUUUCCAUCUAUAUAAUGUCCAGUUUAUUAUAAGUUAUAAUCACCCAAACAAUCAAAUAAAAAUGAAUCUGAUAUUUUAUU